AUGUCGAGUCAGAAUUACCACAAAGUUUACAUGAAUCAUGUGCAUUCCAGCACCCUGCUCUCUCAGCUGUCCACCAUGUGGAAAAGUCAGACGCUCUGUGAUGCCAUAAUUAAAACGGGGGCCGUGUCAACUCGCGCUCACAGAGUUGUCCUGGUGGCGGCCUGUCCGAUGUUACAAACGAUGGAAAAUGCCACAUCGGGUUCACACCUGGAGGUCAGGCUGGCUUCGGACAUCAGGCAGGAGUCGGUCAACACGUUUCUGCAAUAUCUGUAUGAAGGCUACAUGAUUCUGACCGAGGACAAUAGCAGUGAUGUGGAAAAGAUAGCCCGACUUCUUCAGGUGGACAGCGUCACUAAAUGUUGUGCAGACUUUAACAAGUGUAUGAAUAAAGGUGCAGGAGCUCAGUUCAGGUACAGCUUUCAUGAUCAAACAGAUUUUAAACACAUGAGGGUGUCGGACUUGUUCAGAAAGCAUGAAAGAUCUGUAAAACGUCAUGGUGACAUGCACAGACCAUCAAGCCCUGGGGUGAAGCGUCAGAGAAUGCAUAGCUCAUCUAGUCCCAAAAUUCAUGAUACAAGCAGUAUGGCAGAAAGUUAUGGUGCUACUUCAGAUCCGUGGGAUAGGGUUCCCAGGCUGGGGUCAGGAUUUCAGGGUCCGGGAGUAGUCGACAUUAGAGAAGAUGGAUUUGAAUUGGUGCAAACAGAACCCCCAAAGAAAGAUUCCACUGGCAUUCAGGAACCAGUGAAGGUACAAACGAGCGUUUCUCUGUCUGUGUCUAGUCAGCACAACCAUUCGUCAGAUUUACGAGUCGUGAAUGUCACAGGAGAUUCUGGUCCCCCUCUCACUGAAAGGGUGGGGAAAUCUUCACCGGCAGCCCCUCCACCACUGAGUGGGUCAAGUCGUGACCCGAUUACCGUCAGUCCUCUAGCAUUUCAAGACUCUCCUUCAUCAUCUUCAUCUUCAAACGAGGUCAAUCGCAGCAUUGCACAACACGAGAAAGUUCAACAGAAGAAAGACCCAGAGAAACAGCUACAACCAAAGGUUCACAUACCAGACUACUCGGAUCCACAGUAUACUAGCGAAAUGAUGAAUUCCAGCACAGGACCUCGGGUUAGUGAGGACUCGGGCACAUCCUACAGGGCUCCUUACCCCGUCGUUAUGACGCAGAUUCCCAGGCAACCAGCGCCCAAACCAUUUGCCAGUGGCAGUGCCACGCAGUCGGUGUCCAUGCCAGUAUUUCCAGAAAUUGCAUCUUCUCCCUCAUCUCAGAAAUCACAGAGCACGCCCAGAGAGAGAAGCGAGAGCAGUGAGAGGCCUCCGUCCAUCGGGAGGAGUGUGGAUACUGGUCAAGAUAAAAGCAAUGAUCAGCCAGAUUUGAGCAUCGUAAAGAUAGAGACAGCCACUGAGAGAGACAUGAGUAAUUUAGAAAUGUAUAUGGGGGAUGAGGUAUUUGGUCAUGGACACCACUCAAUUCGGAGUGAAGAAGAUGACCCAGGGCCCAACUACAAUGUGGAGGAACCGCCGGGCGAGUGGCCGAGAGAGGAGACUUCGAACGAGAGCAGCAAUAUCAGUGGAAUGGACGGCAGCAGUAACUGGUACAUGGGGCAGAUGAAAGACAUUGCAUUGCAAUCAGAAGUGAUACAGAGAGUAAAGAUUGUGUCGGGUGAACAAGUUCAUACACACGACAAUCUCUCAAAGAGUCAAUAUAGGGGCAAGAAGACGGAUCCUGUGAUUCGUGCAAGUCUCGAAAUGUGCAGUAGGGAGAAUCAGGAUAGAAAGAUUGUUCAUCAAUUGAUUCGAAGAGAAAUAUUGUCCGCCCGCCAUUGUGCGUAUUGUAAACUGACCGGAACGAAGUUUGCUAGUGGUUGGAUUCGUAAAUCAUACUUCAAAUGCGAUGUGUGCGGAGUGUUUUUAUGUAAAGACCCGCAAAGAAACUGUUUCUAUAAUUUUCACAAAUAUGUGAAAAUAUCUCCGGAUGAGGACUAUGAAAUACUGAAGUAUACAAAUAUUUUGUAGUGAAUAUUCAGAUUGUUUGUCGAGAUUGAACGAGGUUGUAUGAUGCGAACUAAAUUCCUCUGAAUAUGCGAAUGCAUUUUUUGGCUGGAAUUGCAUUUUUCCAUGUGUUCAUAAUGGGCACUUUUAGUAUUGUUUGGUUUUCUAUUGUUACAAAAUGUAGCUCAGAUAUAUGUAUAUAUAUAUCAACGUUUAUAACGAGAUUUAAAAAAAACAAAAACAAAUAACCAUAAUUCAGUUUAGAUAUGAUUGGGUCAGGUAUUUUUCCUAUUGCAAAAUCUUCCUCUAAAGAAAAAGAAAAUUCUAAGAAAGAGCCUUGCACAGAAGCAUUUCUUGGAGAAUAUAUCGCUUUCGAUGUAGAAAUAUGUUUACAUAUCUAAUUUCCUAGUGGAAUGGUACAUUGGAUAACAUUAACUAACAACUUGACAAACGGGAUUACUUCAGAUUCUCCAUCGUCAACUUCCCAUAUUUAUUUAGCAAUAUUCUUUUAUCACCUGCAUAUGGUGUUUAUAUCUCUCCACUGAUUUGAUACGCAAGAUCAUGCACUGCGUAUGAUCAGUUUUUAAAUAGAGGCAGACUAUUGACAAAUAAGUUGUUACAGGAGUUUCAACAGUUUCGUUGAAAGUCAGCAUUUCGCAACUCUGUGAUGGUUAUAACGAUCUAAUUUACAAAUACAACCUGCCGUUAUGUGGAAUGCUGUCUGACGUGUUUGAUACCUAUUGUUAGGACGUUCUUUACAUGCUAUUUUUUACUUCGGAUUACCCCCUUUAUCUGAUCAAGAUAUAAGACUCACGGUGGGUGUGACUGGUCAACAGGGGAUACUUACUCCUUCUAGAUACCUGAUCCCACCUCUGGUAUGUACAGAAGUCCGUGUUUUACAUACUCUUUAAUUUGCAUAAAUUAUAGGAUUUAUAAGAUUGAUCUCUUUCUAAUCUUCACUUUUUCAUGGGUUUUUUUUUUUUUGUUGUUUUUUUGUGUGUUGUUUUGUUUUUUUUUUACUUUUCAUUUUAUGGCAGUCGAGGUUAUUCGAUAUAUGAUUCUGCUUAAAUCAUUUUCCUGCUUAGUUUUGACCGUUUUACUCAUUUUCGGAAUCAGUUUUCAAAGCGAAAACUAAAUGAGUCUCUUUGCCUUGUGGAAGAGGAAUUACCAUAAAGAAUGUUUUCCAGUAAAUUUACCGAUCGCUGAAUGUAGGGUGCUCGCUUCACAACCUGGUUCAAGUCCAUGUGGUCGCGUCAGAUUUGAAAGGUUUAGCAAAAGUAGUGAUUUGUUCCUUCGCUAAACGCCUGGCAUAAGAAGUGCAAGGGACGAGAUCUUUCGGAUGUGAUCUUUAAAACGGAGGUCCUGUGUCAUGGCGGGUGUUUGCAAAAUAAAAGAACCAUUACCGUUGCAUCACUGAGUGUCGUGCAUAGUUCAGUGUUUGUCUUGAAUAGUUCAAAGUUCGUUGCACUUCAACUCAAGCUGGUGACGUCUCUGGUGGAAAGUUCUCUCAUGAGACAAAACAAAGAAAUCCUCUCAAAAUAACUUUAAACUGUUUGUAUGGCAUCUUUACUUGUUAGUUUUCCCAUUUGAAAAAAGAUUAAAGUGAGUCUUGUUUAUAUUCCUGCUUUGAUGUUCAUAGUAUAUAUUGAAGACUGGUUUCUUGGAUUCAAUCAAAUUUUUUUUUAUUUCUGGUAUAUUAAUCGUUUAUCAAUAGGAUAUUGAGUUCUUUGGCACUUGUUCUUGCUUUGAUUAAUAUUUUGCCAGAAAGUGUAAAACUUGGAGUUGAUUUAUUUGGUGUAUCUAGCAUUUUGCCUGUGUUCCGGGUUUCUCUGUGAUGAAGAUGAAAGUCUUCGUGAUUGAUGUUAAUUAUGACAUUGAUUCUAAAUUAUUACAUGUACUUGUAAAUAAAUGUGCAUAAUCAGCACAUGAAGGAUACCGUUCAUAAACGAUUACAAAACUCCUGCAUUUCAGGCUUUGAUAUGAAUUCAGAGAUGGCAAGUAGAAUGUUGGUUGUAGCGAGAAGCCAAGUUCACGCACAAGAAACAUCCACAAAGAAACGUGAACGACCCAAUACGAAAGAUCCUGUUAUUCGUGCAACUCUCGAAAUGUGCAGUAGAGUGGAUCAAGAUAGAAAGAUUGUCCAUCGGUUGAUUCGGAGCGGGGAAUUGUCCUCCCGACUCUGUGCUUACUGUAAACGUACACGAACGACUUUUGCCAGUGGGGAGAUCCGUAAAUCGUACUAUAAAUGCGAUGUGUGCGGAAUAUUUUUAUGCAAAGAUCUCCAAAGAAACUGUUUUUAUCAUUUUCACAAAAAUGUAAGAUCAUCAGUGGACGAAGAGUUGGAAAUAAUGAAUUAUACUAACAUUUUGAUUUGAAGGUUAGGGCGGACUAAUUUCAAAGACAAUUUUUUUGUCUUUAUGUAUUUAAGUGGUUGAUUGUUGAAAUACCGAAAUGAAUAUCGAUUUUAUUAAUUGUUUGCAUAAUUGGUAUAUUCUGUUUUAAACAGAGAUUGUAUUUAUAUUUAUUUUUAUAGAUACCGUAUCAAACUUUUAUGUAGAUAUUUUAUGAAGUUUUUCCGUUUUGCCUUAUAUAAUUCAAUUGUUCUUCCGCAACGAUGUUUAGGGGUAUAUUGGUUUCACUUCGUUCGUAGGCGCAUGUCGUCCAGAUAUUUUCUUGGAAGCUGUUUGUUGUCUUUUUACUAGAUUUUGUGGAAAUGCUGUAUACAAUGUAUUCUUGUGCAUCUUGUAUUUUCAGAUUGAUUCGUUAGAUUUUGGUCAUUUGUUGUUAUUUUCAUGACAUUUCUGUGCAUUCUGCAAGUAACCCCCCCCCCCCCCCCCAAAGGACGGUUGAAGGUACAUUGACCCACCUUGUCUGUCUGUCGGUCAUUCAUGGGGCAGUUAUCUGGUUUCACCUAGUCUGUUCAAAUGUAUAUCUCUGCUUUUUGUUUAUUAAUGUUCUAGAAUAUUUAGUAUACUGGCAACAUUUAAAGUUGCGAAGAGUAGUAUGAGUCACAAAGUCUUGUGCCCAUGUAUAUAUUGGAAAGUACAUUCUACUUUGUGACCAUAGAUUUAUACUGUAUAUGCCCAAUAUCACCUCACUUUCCACAACGCAAAUUUAGAAUAUACCCCAAUAGGAAUAAGCCAUAUGGGGGUAUUAGUCCCACUAGCAAGCAGGGUUUUGUGAUGAAAGUUCGUCCGUUGUCGUUCAUUUUAAACAUUGUAGACCUCUCCAGACCUACUCGGCCAAUUUUAAGCGAACGUUGCACAAAGUAUCCUUACAUAAAAUGUACCCUUCUUUAUUCACGUUUUCGUUCAAGGGGUGGUUGGGAAAUAGUUAUAAGUUGGUAUACAUGUAUUUAAAAAGACCUCAAGAACCAUUGAUCUAGAGUAGCCAAAUGUUACAUUCAAGGUUUUAAGUCCCUGACCAGGAGGGGACCAUAAUAAAGUUUUAAUGUUUUAUACUGUACUGUAAAAGUGGUUAUUUACGCGUGAGGAAAAUUUACACUAAUUACGCGGUCAUGUUAUAAGCGCAUAAGAUUCCCCCACGCGUAUUGUUAUAAAUAUUUGAUAGGAUGUAUUUUAUAUUCAGUGACCGCGUAUUGUUAUAAAUAUUUGAUGGAUGUAUUUUAUAUUCAGUGACCGCGUAUUGUUAUAAAUAUUUGAUGGAUGUAUUUUAUAUUCAGUGACCGCGUAUUGUUAUAAAUAUUUGAUAGGAUGUAUUUUAUAUUCAGUGACCGCGUAUUGUUAUAAAUAUUUGAUAGGAUGUAUUUUAUAUUCAGUGACCGCGUAUUGUUAUAAAUAUUUAUAUGAUGUAUUUUAUAUUCAGUGACCGCGUAUUGUUAUAAAUAUUUGAUAGGAUGUAUUUUAUAUUCAGUGACCGCGUAUUUCCCCCCACGUGAUGUUGGAUGUGGAAAAAUGCAUACUUAACCCCCAGCGAAGAUAACCACUUUUACAGCCUUAUAUAGUAGAUUCUUUAUCUUAUCGAAAACAGCAAGGUUACCAUUUUUCAAAUCUCCGUGUCUCUCAUGUAUCUCGACAAUUCACAUUCAAUUUUUUGCUGACCAUUAGAAAUACUUUAUUACAAGCAUCACCAGGUAGUGAACAAGUGAAAAUAACAAACAGUAAUCAAUCUCAUAAUUCCUAUAUAGAAUACAAAUUUAAGAGUAGGGCAAAAACAGAUCCCUGGGUAUGUUCAUAUGAGCUUCAAUAGAAUGCAGCCUCCGGGAUCGAGAUAGGGCCACAUUACGAUUAAAGUUUUACAUAGGAAACAAAUUAAAUUGCUUUCAGGUGGAAGAACGGGUAAUUUAUUAAAAUGAUAGUCAUGUUCCCUAAUAUAAGGUAGAUUCAAUUUUUAAAAAUCAUGAACCCCAGGCGCCCGGGGCCACUCCGGGUGUUUAAUCUUUUCAUACGUGUAUUGUAAAGAUUUAAGAUCUACAAUGGUUUCCUUUUGAAAUUGUGGUGUUUUCAAAAUAAAUUUUCUUCAUUCUUGGCGCUUGUGUCAAAGGGUGUCCACAGCAAAGAGUUCUAGAUUUUCACGAUCAGAAAUGGUUUUGCUGUCCUAAGUAUGCGAAUAUGCCUGUAUAACAAGGAAGUUCAAUGUCUGAACCGUGGUCCACAAUAGCCGUUUAAGGUUUUAGUGUCUUAAAUAUACGAGUCGUUGUCCUUAAUUGAGCAAUGAAAAUCAUGUGAACAUUGAUGGCCACGAACCCAUUGUUUGAAAUUCUGACGCGAAAAGUAAUCAGAUUUCAUAAUUCGUUAGACACUAAUCAUCGUUGUUUUCGCGGUGUAUCAGAACAUGUUUUUAUUAAAGAAGAGAGAGUGAAGAAUAGUUAUCCACUUUUAUGUACGACAUUGUACUUUUCUAAGCCACGAAAAUCGAUGUCCACGGAAAGUACAGAAUUGUUGAUAUAUUGAAACUGUAUUCAAUGGUAGUUUUUUUCUGUGUGAUAUAAUGAAACUCGGAUAAAAACCAGUUUGUUUUGUUAAUAAAUAUUGACGACUGUAGCUCGUGUUCCUUUAUUUCCUUCUAGAAUCACCGUUUUCAGGGGAUCAGGGUAGCUUUAAAAUUCGGUCUUUAUUUGGCACAUUAUCUGACAUAAUUUAUUUUGAAUUCAUAGUUUAGAAUUUCCUUCUGGUGAAAUACACGAAAAUUCAGUUUGGGAUUUUCUUCAGGUGAAACACACGAAAAUUCAUAGUUUGGGAAUUCCGUUAGGUGAUAUGCAUGAAAAAGUCAUAGUUUAAAAUUUUCUUCUUGUGAUAUACACGAAAAUUCAGUUUGGGAUUUCCUUCUUGUGGUACUCGAGAAAAUUCACUGUGUAUUAUCAUCCAUGAUCCUCGUUGCGAAUGAAAUGUAAUUAACUGUGAAUGUCUACUAGUAAAUAACUACGAUCGACAUACAAUACUUGUUCAUAAACCAUUACAAAACUCCUGUAUUUCAGGCUUUGAUAUGAAUUCAGAGAUGGCAAGUAGAAUGUUGGUUGUAGCGAGAAGCCAAGUUCACGCACAAGAAACAUCCACAAAGAAACGUGAACGACUCAGUAAGAAAGAUCCUGUUAUUCGUGCAAAUCUUGAAAUGUGCAGCAGGAAGAAUGGGAGAAAGAUCGCCCAUCAGUUGAUUCGGAGCGGAGAAUUGUCCGCCCGUCAUUGUGCUUACUGUAAACUCACAGGAACGACUUUUGCUAGUGGGGAGAUCCGUAAAUCGUACUACAAAUGCGAUGUGUGCGGAAUGUUUUUAUGCAAAGAUCUCCAAAGAAACUGUUUUUAUAAUUUUCACAAAAAUGUAAAGAUGUCUGUGGAUGAAGAGUUUGACGUUUUGAAUUAUACUAAUGUUUUGUAAAGAGUAGUUCUGCCUGGCUAAUGCUCAGGACUACGAUAGGGUGUGUUUGUUUUUAGAAAAUCCAUCCGUUUUACGUCUGUCUGUAAUUGAAGGAAUUUAUGUCUGUCUGUAAUUGAAGGAGGUGACUGUUGGAAUUCAAGAUGUUUAAGAAAUUGGUACAUUCCUAUUUUCACGGCAGUACUUUCUAGAAAAAGUAUCAAUUUAUCGCCGUUUGUAUCUGGUAAUUUCAAAUGCCCUCACUGCUUAAAACGUCAUUUCCCCUAAAAUAAGACUACACAAAUUCGUGAUAACACUAUUACAAAUAUCGCAUGUAGUUUUCUUUUAUACAGUUGCUUAAGCAUUACGUGGAACUGGCUCAUAGUGUCAUCAUGUUCAUGCCUUCAAGUUGAUAAUAAAUAUGAAGACUGUGGGUGUCUUUGAUUUGAUUGAA